UUCAGUUGUUGAGGGAGAAUGGCGUCGAAAUUGGCGAUUUCGAAGACCUCAGCACCGAGAAGGAAAAGCUACUCGGUAAAUUGGUCAAAGAAAAAUAUAAAACGGACUUUUACAUGCUUGACAAAUUUCCUUUGGCGGUUCGUCCCUUCUACACCAUGCCGGAUUCUGGCGACGAUCAAUAUUCUAAUUCGUACGACUUUUUCAUGCGCGGUCAAGAAAUUCUCUCGGGUGCACAACGUAUUCAUGACCCCACGUUCUUGGAAGAACGCGCGAAAGUACACGGUAUCGAUCUACGCACGAUCCAACCCUACAUCGAUUCCUUUAAGAGAGGUGCGCCACCCCAUGCUGGAGGAGGCAUCGGCUUGGAACGCGUUGUUAUGUUUUACUUAAAUCUCGAUGACAUUCGCAGAAGUUCACUAUUUCCUCGCGAUCCAAAACGUCUCGAACCAUAG